CAAUACAUACAUCAAAACAUUACUCCAUGUGACAACAAUCACUAUAUCUCUCAAUACAUUUUACAUAUCUUAUUCAGGAAGCAUAGAUUUCUUGCAAACAAGGGGUGGUCUGGUCUCUCUCUAGGGUUUCAUUUUAUUCCUUUCUUGGGUUGCAUAAAGGCAGUAUUAUGUUGAUUGUGAAGAAGGCUUUAUUGGUUUGACAAUGCCGGAUAUUCGUGGUCUUCCAAGGCCGUUUGCUGCAUUUCGGCGUUCUAUAUUGGGUGUUGUGCAGGAUCAGGUGCAUUCUAUUGAAACAAAUCAUGAAUCAGUUACACAAAAUGUAGAGUGUGAAUCAUUUCAAAAGCAAGUCUCUGAGCGCUUUACUGAGCUGCUAGCUACACAUCCUGCUGAAUAUGAAUUUCUUUCUCUUACAUGGGUGAGUAAGCUAUUGGAUGCUUUUGUUGAUUGCCAGGAGGAGUUUAAGGGUAUAUUGUGUAAUAAUAAGGCACAUCUUGUAAAACCACCUGUAGAAAAGAUGGUUUCAGAUUACUUUGAGAGGAGCAUUAAGGCACUUGACAUAUGCAAUGCAACUCGUGAUGGUAUUGAGAAGAUUCGGUUGUGGCAGAAGCAUUUGGAUGUGGUUCUCAGUGCCUUUGGUUCUCGAGAGCGGAUGAUUACUGAAGGUUCAUUCCGUCGAGCGAGAAAAGCUUUGAUGGAUUUGGCACUUGUGAUGCUGGAGGACAAGGAUUCCGGGUGUUCUUUCUCGCAAAGGAAUAGAUCAUUUGGACGCAAAAUUAAGGGUAAGGAUCUCCACUCUUGUCCAUCAGGGCAUUCUAAAUCUUUGUCCUGGAGUGUAUCUCAUUCUUGGUCAGCAACAAAGCAGCUACAAUUAAUGGCUACCAGUUUAGCUCCUCCGCGUCCUAAUGAGAUUGCAGCAACUAAUGGCCUCGCUAUUCCCGUGUUUACAAUGAGCUUUGUGCUCAUGCUUGUCUUGUGGGCUCUAGUUGCUGCACUCCCUUGUCAAGAUCGAAGCCUCCAGACUCACUUUUCUAUUCCUAGGCAAUUCACAUGGUACACUCCAUUUAACUUACUACAUUCUCAGAUUAUGGAUGAAUCUAAAAGGGAAGAUCGACGCAAUUCUGUAGGAUUACUAAAGGAGAUUAGCCAGCUUGAGAAUAGUGUGCGUCAUGUCACCGACUUGGUAGAUUAUGCUAGUUUUCCUCUGACAGAUGAACAAAAGGAAGAAGCAAAACAGGGUGUCGAAGAGUUAAAGGUUAUUUGUGAAAUUUGUAAGAAUGGAAUGGAUCCACUGGACCGUCAAUUGAGGGAAGUGUUCCGUAAAAUUAUGAGCUGUCGAGCUGAGGGUCUUGAACUACUGGGGAGGACAAACUAGCCUUACUAGAUUAAAUUUUGAUUAAGAAAUAAGAAUUACAAGAAUUUCAAUAUAUGUUGCUAUCAUCUAGACCGUUGUAGCUGCCUUAAAGUAUGGUCUCAGGUUCUCAUACCAGGAGCACCAUUUGUGUUUCACAAAUAUACAGUAUGUAAAGAACAGUGUUUAGUUUGAAUUAUCCGAAAGGAUGGUUUAAUUGUCAAAUUAAUUUAGCAUGUCUACCUUCCUGCAA